GUAAAACCCUAGCCUAUUUCACUCGAUUUCUGUAUCUAUAUGUUUAUUAUUCGAUUUGUGUUUAAUCGGUCGUUGUAAAUGUGUUUAUUUAACGUGAUUUUAUCUAUAACAAUGGCGGAAUUCGUCGUAGGGUUUGUGUGAAAGUAUAUGUUGAUGGCGGAGGGGUUGAUGCUUGGUGCAAAUAUAGAACGGAAGAUUUUAUCGUAGACACUUUGAAACUACGGGUUCAAAUUGGCCCGUAUCUGCGAGAGGUUUUCGGUGAUCCUACCAAAAGAAAGGUUUCGAAGCUAAUAUUUAAACAUUUUAAACCAUUUUGACACUACAACAUAUCAGGUUAUGCUUAUGCAUGGAGCUGAUCGGGAUAUUAUAUGGCUGCAACGUUACUUUGGUAUAUAUGUCUGCAAUAUGUUUGAUACUGGACAGGCCUCAUAGGUGUUAAAGUUGGAGAGACUCCCUAGAGUAUCUAUUGAAACACUUUUGUGACGUUGCUGCAAAUAAAGAAUACCAAAAUGCGGAUUGGCGGUUGCGACCGUUGCUGGUGAAAUGCUGAGAUAUGCUAGAGAAGACACACAUUAUCUUCUGUACAUAUACGAUCUUAUGAAAAGAAAGCUGCUUUCAUCAUCAACAGAUCCAAACUGCCCUGAAGCAUCUCUUGUUGAGGUAUAUCAACGCAGUUAUGAUCUAUGUAUGCAGCUCUAUCAGAAAGAGAUUCUGACUGAGAACUCAUAUCUAAACAUAUACGGGUUGUAUGAUGCUGAUCUCAACGGCCAGCAACAUGCGAUUGUUGCAGUAAGUCACUGCUUUUUAUUUUCUCUGUUAAAGAUAUAAUAAAUAUAUGAACAACUACUAGUUUACAAGUAAUUUAUAUAUAUAGAAAA